AUGACGGUGCCUGUUCCCUCCACUCCUCCGCCCCCUCGGGAUUUCCUCACCGAGUACUCUCUAGGCCGUCACUUAGGCAAGGGCGCGUUUGGCGAGGUCUUAGAAUGCACGCAUAACGCGACGGGUCGCCAGUUCGCCUGCAAGAGAAUCGACAAGCGAUUAAUCACCUCCGAGUCGGACGCCGCGGAAGUGCGGAAGGAGGUCGCGAUUCUGCAGCAGCUCACCGCCGCGGGCCCGAGCCGCCACGGCGGAAUCGUGCAGCUCGUCGAGGCGCUAGAAGACGGCGCCGCGGUGUACCUCGUUAUGGAGCUAUGCGAGGGCGGGGAUCUAUUCGAGCUGAUCAAAUCCGAUCACGCGGCGGGCAUGCCGGAGGACAUGGCGCGGGAGAUAUUCCGCCAGGUGGCGCUGGCGGUGGCGUACUGCCAUGCGCGCGGCGUGCUGCAUCGCGAUAUUAAACCCGAAAACAUCCUCUUCACAGGCCCCAACCAGUCCGCACCCGCCGCAGAUUCCUGCCCGGAAUUCGGCGCAGAAUUUGGGGCCGCGGAAUGCUCGCAGGAAGAUUCCGAGGAUUAUUCCGCCGCCGCGUGGCGCUGGCGGGUGCGCGUGGCGGACUUCGGGCUCGCGCUCUUCCUCCCGCACGGGCAGAUGGGGCACGGCAUGGCGGGGAGCCGCUUUUACACCGCGCCGGAGAUGGUCCGCGGGCGCAAAUACGGCAAGCGCGCGGACGUCUGGAGCAUGGGCGUGGUGCUCUGCGCCAUGCUCACGGGGCGCGUGCCCUUCGCGGGGAAGGACCGCGCGGACGCUGAGGGCCUGCGGAGGUCGAUUCUCCGCGGGGCGAUCAACUUCUCCGCGCCCGCGUGGGCGCCCGUGAGCGCGGGCGCGCGCGACCUCGUCCGGCGCAUGCUGGAGGUGGAUCCGCGCAGGCGGCUCAAGGCGGCGGAAGUCCUGCAGCACCCGUGGGUGCUCGGGCUCGAGCUUCCGGAUCUCACGGUGGCAGAUGCGGCGGCGGAUGUGGUUAUGUCGGCGGACCCUGCGGGAUCAGAGGAAAAGGUUGUUUCAGUGAAAGCGCAAGCGGAAUCAAAUCUCGCGGUAGCGGUAAAGGCGUCGUGUCCUGUGGAUUCGAAGGAAGCGGGAGAAGAGGAGAGAGAGAGGACGAUGAAUGCGAAGGAGAAGGAGUUUCAGCAGCAGACGGAGCAGCAAGCGGAGGGUAGCACCCAGAUGGUUUCUAGCAGCGCUGCUCCUCCGCCCGUCGCUCCCCCCACUGUUUCUCCCCGAGCUCCACCCACUGCCCCACGCGUCGCCUCCCCUUUCCGCGCCGCUGCUUUUCCCAUUCGCCCUGCGUCCCCUGGUCGCCCUGUUUGGUCUCCAAUUCCCAUCCGCCCCAUCGCUCAGCCGCCUCUUGGUUCCGCUAUAGAGCGAUUCAAUAAGGUUUGGCAGCAACAGGAUCCCCCGCAGCAGCUCCCAACGUGCCACCCGACCACCCCGCCCCCUCCAGCACCACCGUGCACCGCUCUCAAAACCCCCUUUCCGCUUUGUGGAAACGCACCUCCCCUUGCCCCGCAACAACAGCCUAACCUGCCUGCCACAAAUGUUUCUCACUCGGGCUGCCCGUCAUUCAACUCCCCCUGCCCGUCACAGUCCUCCGCGUUCCAGUCCACCCCACCCUCCUCCGCGUCUCGCUCCUCCCCGUCCCGCUCCUCCCCACCUCCUCUCUCCUCUCUCUCCCCAUCGCUCUCCAACUCCACCGCCACCUCGGCGUCAACUUUCACUCAAAUGGAAGCAGCAGACAUGGAUGACUGCGGCAUGGCGGAUGGGGCUGGAGGCUUGGAUGGCAUGGCUGCGGAUGGCAUGGCUGGAGACGCGUCUCUUUCCAUUCCGCUGAGCCUCUGCCCGCCGCCCAUUGCUGUGUGCCGGAAAAAGAGCCGCCGGGAGGAGUACGAGGAAGCGUUUGUUCCUGGCUCGCCCUGCAACAGCAGCACCAUCUGUGGAGCCUCCUCGGCUCUCUCCUUCCAAGCAGCUUCCCGCUGCUUCAUGGCCUUCAAUCCCUGGGGAUCUCCGCGUAUCCACACCAUGCCUGACACCACCACUACCAACGACGCUGGUGGUGGUACCAAUGGUGACAACGGCAGCACUAUUCAUGUUCCUGAUUCAGGGGUUGAAGUUCCAGCAGAGGCCUUCAAGAAAAGUCCUCUGCAGUCUCCGUCGAAUGAGAAUCAGCCGCCUGUUUAUGUGGCUAGGGAGAGUAGGCGCACUUGUGGCUUGGGUAGGUUUUGCUCGUAG